GAAUACCAAGGAACUCAAAGGUAUUGCGGCGGCGAUCUCGCGAUCUCAAGGUUUAAUCUAUUCAACGUCAAGCGCGGGUCGAAGCUUAUCAGGCGACAUUUCGGGCAACUGGUAGUCGACGAACAAUAGACAGCCUCGAACGAGAGACAUUCACCGGACUAGUCGCUCUCGGGGGCCAGAACAACUACAAUGACUUGUCAGGUAAGCAAGCCGCACAUCCCGCCUGUCUUAUCGCGGGAGACCCAAAUAGCGCCAGGGGUAAACAUGCCGUCUGUGUUUCAGGUUCGGACGACCAGAAGGGGGGGAGGAACGAGAACUCCAGGGUCGGCACUGGUUGGACGAACAGCCCAGAACAGCGAUGUCCUCCCUAGGGUUUAGAUUAAGCUCGGGUUUCGAUUUGGGACGAAAAAAGACGGACGGGCGAGGAUCUUGUUCCUCCCCCCCCCUCCAGACCACCCAGGAACAAGCGAAUAGGCAGAAAGGGCAACGGCGCAACAAGGGCAGCGAAGGGGGUGAACGCGCCAACAGCCAAAACCAGGCCCUCGACCCGGGCUGGGCGCUUCAACCGCGUAGCCGAAGCUGCAAGGCACGCAUCCCGCAAUUUAGACACAACAGCGGCCAUCCCCACAACGUUAACCCUUUUCGAGAUUAUUGCUCCAAUGAAAGACGGUGGACCGACGGCCUUGAUGCCAGGCAGGUACGCAGGGCCAGGGCCAUAAUUGGGUUUGGGAGGGCGGUUGUUUGCCUGCGGGAGAGGGUUUCCCAUUCAGUCCUGACGACUUCCCCCCCCCCACCCUUGCCCGUCGAGAUUAACUCUCGUUCGAGGUUGAGACAUCCCCGGUGCUUAAUUGAACCGGUGAGGCGGUGUCAGUCGUCGUCUUUGGGGCCAGCGGGACGGUCGGUGGAUUGGGAAACGGCUCUUGCGGUCCCCCUAUCCAGAAUUUAGACUUGGCGGUCCCAUUUUGGCCUGACCAUGCCCGCGGUGGGGGGAUGCGAGUGCGAUGCGAGGAAGAGUCUAUGGCGAAGAGAAGCGAGAGGCGGGACCGGGGGGGAGGGGGGGAUCGAGAGUUGGCGAGGCAUACAUAUAUACUCAUGUCUGCUCUCGUCGACAAGAAGAGUUUCCUUUGAUUCUCUUCAUCAGCUUUCAGUCACUCAUCCGUCCACUCUUUACUUUCAGUCAUUCUCUCACCUCGACGCCGGCGUCACUUCACUCAUUUUCUCACCAUUUUUGUGUGUGCAUACGCUUCUAACGCCCGGAAUCACCGUCCUUCUUUACCAAAAAAACAACAACCAACCCAACCGUCAAGAUGAAGUCUUACGCUGCCCUCGCCCUUACCGCCUCCAUGGCCAACAUGGUUGCCGGUCACGCCAUCUUCCAGCAACUCUGGGUCAACGGCGCCGACCAGGAGUCCAGCUGCGUCCGCAUGCCUGCCUCCAACUCCCCCAUCGAGGACCCCACCUCCAACAACAUGCGCUGCAACGCCGGCUCGGCGGCCGCCACCUCCACCUGCGGCGUCAAGGCCGGUGACACCGUCACCGUCGAGAUGCACCAGCACAACGACCGCGACUGCACCAAGGAGGCCAUCGGCGGCGCCCACCACGGCCCCGUCAUGGCCUACCUGAGCGCCGUCGACGACGCCGCCGCCGCCGACGGCUCCACCCCCUUCUUCAAGAUCUUCGAGUCGGGCUACUUCGCCGAGAACAAGACCUGGGGCAACGACCUCAUCAACGAGGGCUGCGGCAAGCAGAGCUUCACCAUCCCCUCUGACAUCGCCCCCGGUGACUACCUCCUCCGCGCCGAGACCGUCGCCCUCCACGCCGCCGGCUCCGCCAACGGCGCCCAGUACUACAUGUCCUGCUAUCAAUUGAAGAUUGAGGGAACUGGAACUGCUAAGCCUGAGGGUGUCUCGUUCCCCGGUGCGUACAAGGCCACCGACCCCGGUCUGUUGAUCAACAUCUACAACACCAUCACCGAUUACGUCAUCCCCGGCCCCGCUGUUUACGGCGGCGGCUCCGGCUCCGGCUCCGGCUCUGGCUCCGCUCCUGCCCCCUCUGCCCCUGCUGCUUCUGCCCCCGCUGCCUCUGCUCCGGCUGCUGCCCCUACCUCUGCUCCCCCGGCUGCCAGCAGCGCCGCCGCUGCCCCUACCACCCUCGUCACCAAGCCUGCCUCCAGCGCUCCUGCUGCCGCCCCCACCGCUCCUGCCAGCCCUGCUCCCAGCACUGGCGCCGGUGCCGGCUGCAAGAAGCGCCGUGCCCGCAAGGCCCGCCGCUCCGCCAAGUACUAAGUUCGCUUAUGCUCGAUAUCCGGGCGUGCGAGUUGAAAGUGUGGUAAAAAAGACAGGGUUCCUCAUCCAGAAGGGGAGGGACGUGUAUCUUUCCAGGUAGAUAUUAGAAGUGUUCAUGUACAUAGUAUACCGCGUAAUUCUGCGAUUUACGCCCUUUUGAGUGGCACCAGACAAUACAACAAGACUUUUUCCUUGUUCAA